AUGUUCGUGAUUAACUACGAUAGUGUAGUAUUUCUAUCACAAACUACAUUUGCUGAGCUGAUUUAUUCAUCUAAUGAUUUAAUGUUCGUGUAUUAUGUGGAGUUAUUGACUGAAUAUUUAGACUUUAUAAACCACAAAGUUCAAAUGAUGAGAACACAGAAUGAUUUAAAAACUAUUAGAAGAGAGCUUCUUGAAGUAUUUAAACUUAAAAGGAAGAUUCUUGAGCGAUACUCGAUCGACAUUUUCAUCACAAUUCUUUUUCAUUUUGUAUUGUCAAUAACUUCGUUCUAUUGGGUCAUUAUGAGACUCAUUUUUAAUCAUUUAAAGAAGUAUUAUCAAUAUGCAACAUUCUUGCAUUUUCCUGAACCAAUAUUCAUUUAUUAUGUUUUAUUUUCAACUUGUGAGAAUUUCUAUAGAAAAUUAAAGAAAGUUGAACUGAAUCUUCACACAAAAGCAGUAAAAUUUAAGAAAUCAGAAUCAAUUUUCAUCCUUUUGAAUUCAAUUGAGUCAAAAUUCAUAAUUUGUGGGAUGAUAAGUAUGAAAAUUGAGACUUUAACUGAUUUUCAAUUCAUUGUUCAGUCUGUAACAUUAUUUGCGACUGUUUAUUUCCCAAAUUUCUUAUCACCUACUCCAUGGUAUAGUGGAGGUGGAAUUUAUAGUGUCACACAAGUUUAUCAAAGCAUCUUUCCAUUCAUCAUUCAAAAUUUUCUGAUUCUUAAAGCAUUUUUAAUGCGGAACAAACAAAAGAAUUUAGCACAAAAGUUGAAGCCAAAAUUUACACAAAAACUUGGAAAUUGUGAGAAAAAAUUUCUAAUUCGAAUGUCGUUCAUAAUUAUUGUGAGAAUUAUUAAAUAUGGAAUGGCAAGCAAUCAAAGCAACGUGAUAUUUCAUUCACAAACUGCUUUUCCUGAAUUAAUUUACUCCUCAAACGAUUUAAUGUUUGUUUAUUAUGUUGAGCUACUGAUUGAAUAUUUAAAUUACAUUAAUCACAAAAUUCAAAUGAUUAGGACUCAAAAUGAUAUGAAAAUCGUUAAAAGAGAAAUCUUUGAAGUAUUUGUACUUAAGGCAAAGAUCCUUGAUCGAUACUCGAUUGACAUUUUUAUCACAAUCUUCUUUCACUUUUUACUCACAAUCAUCUCAUUCUAUUGGGUCAUAAUGAGAUUAAUAUUUAAUUAUUUGAAAUAUUUUCGUCAAUUUGGAACAUUCUUACAUUUUUUGGUUCCAUUUUUCAUGUUCUGGACAAUCUUUUCAAAAUGUGAGGAAUUUUAUAAAAAGAUUAAGGAAGUCGAACUUAACCUGUAUAUGAAAACUACAACGUUUAAGAAAUCGGAAUCAAUUUUCAUCCUUUUAAAUUCUGUUGAAUGCAAAUUCAUUGUUUGUGGAAUGAUUAAUAUGAAAAUUGAGACAUUGACUGAUAUGCUGUCCGAAAUUUUCAAUUUCUUUAUAAUGAUGGUUCAACUGUUUACAAUCAAUCCUUACAAAUAA